AUGGGACUAGACUCUUUUCCAAAGGGAGGUUCCUCUCUGGAUUCAGAAUCUUCAUGUCGGACCUUGGAUGCUACUAUCUCAUACUAUGGAAAAGAGAGACAGUUCUUUGAUACUCGAGGUGAGUUUCCUUUGAUAAACAAAACCGAAGAUAAGGUGCUUGAAGGUCCCACAAUCCAUGGACAAUAUCUGAGCGAUUAUCUUGAGUCACCUGAUCGAGAAGGAAUCGUUCAUACCAGCGGAAUCAAGAAGGUGGAAGAAGAUCGUACAGUGAUCCAUGUAUUAUCCAGACAAAUAGUGGCUGA